GGCGCAAACACGACCCCUGCAAAUCGCCCCUCCAAUCCAAAUGUGCACAACCUCCGCGCGCAGCCUGCAGCUCUUCACUCCCGCGCUGCUCGCUCAUACACGCUGUCCCGAACUCAUGGACCAAGCGCAGAGCCCGAUCUGAAGCCGGUCUGUUAUUUCGCUCCGAGCUGUUUCUGAGGACCAUGAGCGCUUGAGCGAAGACCCCCCGCUGGCAGAGGUCAUCUCACGGGUCCUGGAGAGGACGGAAAGGCCUCGCGCACUACAAGCUCCCGUCGGGGGACGAUGUUCUCGGCCGCAGGGAAGCGCUGCUUCACCAUCGAGUCUUUAGUGGCGAAGGAGAACCCGUUAUCGGGGGAAGAGCCCGUGCGCCCCGCUGCUCUCACUUACACGCCCCCCGCAGACUCUUUCCUGGGCGGCUAUCAGAGCCCCGCGGGCCGGGCGCUCUACCCCAGCCCAGAACUUGUGUUCCCGGACGCGGUGAGCCACGCGCCCCUGAGCGCACACCCGCACCAGCUCGGUGGAGCGCACCUUCAACACCCGCACUUCUUCAGCGCGCAGCACCGAGAACCCAUCAACUUUUACCCCUGGGUGUUACGGAACCGGUUCUUUGGACAUCGGUUUCAAGGAAACGAAGUAGCCCAUGACUCGCUGUUGCUGCACGGGCCCUUCGCCCGCAAGCCGAAGCGGAUCCGCACGGCCUUCUCUCCCUCUCAGCUGCUGCGGCUGGAACGCGCUUUUGACAAGAACCACUACGUGGUGGGAGCAGAGCGCAAACAGCUCGCCAACAGCCUCAGUUUGUCCGAGACCCAGGUGAAAGUUUGGUUCCAGAACCGCAGGACCAAGUACAAACGUCAGAAGCUGGAGGAAGAGGGACCAGACAAUACACAGAAGAAGAAGGGCAACCACCACAUCAACCGCUGGAGGAUUGCCACCAAACAGGCCGGCUCUGAGGACAUAGAUGUCACAUCUGAUGCCUAGAAUCCAUGUGAACCAGGCCUAAACUCACACACCAGGCCAGAACAAGCCCUAUUUAUUUAUGUUCACAGCCAUGAUCAUGUUUGAGUUUAAACAGGGCUGCUGAGGACUGUGUACAUGUGUGUAUGUGUCUUUGAGUGAGACAGAGAGAGGGAGUGCAGAAAUGUGGUCAGUAUGAAGGCAGAGUCUGUUCAACUCUCUGUACAUACUACAGUGACUGAAAAUCUACUCAGCCGAACCACGAUUUGCUCACUUUCUCUACAACACUGGCACUGGCCGAACUGAACAUGGCACAUUGUUUUAUUUGUUAACAACACUGGCAAUUAUCAAAUAAUUGUAUUUCUUUUUUUGUUGUUCUUUUUAUUAUUGUUUGUAUUUGUAUCAAAGUCCCAGAAUCGAAUAUGUAAGUUGAAUUCUAUUCUAAGUUAAUGUCAUCUUUUUCCAGUCAACUAGCAGCUUUGUAUUUAUAUAUUAAAAAACACAACACUCAUUAAGAAUGGUUAUAAAGCUUAUACUAUACUUUUUGUGCUGGUUAUGUACAGGUAUACAUUUUAACGUAUUCAUGUACACUCAGACCUGAGAACUUUACAAUUACCAUAAAAGCCCUUGUACAAAUGCUCAUUUCUCUGUAAUUUGAUUAAGGUUUUUUUCUGUGGCAGCUGACAACAGUGACAAAAUAAACAAAUUAUGAUCCAAGGAA